GUUGCCAAGCCGCUGAGCUCAUAGGUUGACAGAGUCACAUUUGCGCUAAUUGCUUUUGUUUCCUCGUAGUCGCCGCGACGAAUUGAUGACGACCAGCCUGUGGGUCAACAAACUAAAGUCGCAGUACCUCGAGCAGCUCCAAAAGCAUGCCAAGGACAUCCCAACUGAUGUCGACUCGUUUCCCGAAAACAUCCAUACCCUGAUUGACUACUACAGCACAACCUAUGCGAAGAAUCGUGAUACCCUGCUCGCGUACCAGGCGCGCGAGAUAUUCGCCGAGAGGAUUCGUGGUUCAGCGUUCAUCCCACGCACCAACGAGCUAGAAAAGCUUGAGGCACAGGUUGUUGAGGAGGAGCGGCUUCUGGACCAGGUGCAACAGCGGCUGCUCGAGAACAUUGGCGUAGCAAGCGACAAAAUCGACGCCGAGUGCGACGCAUAUGAAGAGGCUCUGGCGCUAUCGCAGCAGAACCAGGAGCUGUUGGGGAAUGUAUCUGAGAUCGAAGAAGAAAUUGCAAAGCUCAGCAAGGAAUUGGAAGAAAAGGAGCAAAGGGAGCAGGACGCAGUUGCACAGCAGACCCGUGAGCUACAGAUUGCGCACAACGAUGUGAUGCGUGAGACAGCUGCAUGCGAAGAGCUGGACAGGGAGGCGGUGCGGCUGCGUGAACGCGCACAGCAGCUGAAGAGCGACGAGAAGAAGCGCAUGAUGACAGCCGAUGACAGUCAGGAGCAGCAGAAGCUGGUAAUGCGGUGGAUCCGCAGUAUUGCGCCAGUAGUUAGCGCCAAGGUCGAAAACAGCACGCUGAUUCUUACUAUCGGUGAAGGCGUUGGCGACCUGUCGAGUCGGCGCAUUCUGGUCGGGUUCAAUAACAUGGGCCAGGUGACAAGUGUCGAGACUGAUUCGGGCCGCAAGCUGCCGCCAGUGCUGAGCCAUGACGUGCUGAUGCAGCUGCUGAGCGAAUAAGCUUUGCGAUUUCUGAAUUAUGAGUUUCCCGGAAGCCCAAAACUGUGACGUAUUGGCAUUCAGUGCCUUGCUUGGAGUUUGCGACUUCCCAUGGUCCGCGUAGGUUCUGCCACUGCUGUCUCUUGUCUGCUUGUUU